CUCUGCCUGCUCCCUCUCUCUCUCUCUGCUCUGCCGAGACAAAUCAACUCCUCUGACCUGUCGCUCCCUCCCUCCCGCCUCCCACCAACCAAUCGCCGGCGACCUCGGCCCCUCGCCAUUGCCGCGCUCCGUCGAGGCGGGCGCUUCCCCCGCUACUCUCCCCGCCAAUGCUCCCGACGCCCGCCGCGUUUCCCUUCUGAUUUCUCCGCUCGCUUCAGGGUGGCGUAGGGUUCCUCCUGCCUCUGCGGCGGCGGGCGCACGACGUACGUCUUGGCUCCGGCGGCUGUUCCAGUCCAGUCUGAGGUGCCGAGGACAUCAAGAAUGAUGCUUCUGUAUAUGCUUAGAUGACAUCAAUCAGCCGGACAGCUCGGAUUCCUCCAGUUCACAUCUGAUGGAAUUUGUGCUUUGAUCGAGCCAGAGGGGGGCGGUGCUCGGAUUCCUCCAGUUCAUAUCUGAUGGAAUUUGUGCUUUGAUCGAGCCAGCAGGGCGGUGCUCGGAUUCUGUAGCCACUUAGAGGGGAAUCUUUGGCCCCGAGGACAUCAAGGAUGAUGCUUAGAUGACAUGUGCUCCAUUUCUUGUCCGUGGCUGGUCUGAUAGGAUAGGAAGCCAUGAAGAUCAGUGCGCUCAUGACCUCUGCUGGCAUCAAUAUUGGGAUCUGCGUGCUCUUGUGGUCGCUCUAUUCCGUUCUCAGAAAGCAGCCAGCAUUUGUAAGGGUCUACUUCGGCCGGAGGAUCGCCGAGGAGAAUAGACUGCUCCGAGAGGCCUUCAUCUUGGAGAGGUUUGUUCCAUCCACUGGCUGGAUCGUCAAGGCCCUGCAGUGUACCGAGGAAGAGCUAUUGGCAGCUGCUGGGCUGGAUGCUGUUGCUUUCAAUAGAAUGCUAGUAUUCAGCAUACGCAUCUUUUCCCUAGCUGCCAUCCUGUGUCUUUUUGGAAUUCUUCCAGUGCAUUAUUUUGGACGAAAGAUGCAUCGCCUUGAGAUUUCGUCAGAACAAUUGCAUAUGUUCACAGUUGGUAAUGUGGAAGUGCAAUCAAGAUGGCUUUGGGUUCAUUCUAUAGUCCUCUACAUUAUAUCUGGAGUAGCUUGCUUUCUCCUAUAUGUUGAGUAUGGGCACAUUGCUAGGCUGAGGCUCCUUCACCUUAAACGUGCAACACUAAAUCCAGGUCAAUUUACCGUGCUUGUUCGCGGAAUACCAAAGACAGAAAAUGAAUCAUGCAGUAGUGAUGUCGAUGAUUUCUUCACCAAGUAUCAUGCAUCAAGUUACUUAUUCCAUCAAGUUGUUUACAAGGCUGGGAAAGUUCAGAAGAUAAUGACUGGUGCAAAGAAGGCAUGUGGAAUGUCAGACCCUUCCACAGACACAACUCUAGAUCAGAGGUGCAAGGCUGUUACAUACCCGUGUUGUCUUUGUGGAGCCUCUUCGGAUUCUUUCCAGUUGUUACCGACUGACGAAGUUGCAAAGAACAUAGAUAAGAAGGAAUGUGCAGCUGCUUUUGUAUUUUUCAAAACUCGGUAUGGAGCACUUGUUGCUUCAGAAGCACUUCAGACUUCGAACCCUACAAAGUGGGUUACUGAUCUAGCUCCAGAACCAGAUGAUGUGUAUUGGUCAAACAUUUGGCUUCCUUAUAAGCAGCUUUGGAUUCGACGGAUAGCUACUGUUCUAGGUUCUCUUGUUUUUCUGGUCUUAUUUGUGGUACCAGUGGCAUUUAUACAAGGUCUAUCCCAGCUUGAUCAGUUGCAGAAGAAGCUCCCUUUCCUUGAUGGGUUACUGAAGAAGCCAUACAUGAGCCAAAUAAUAACUGGAUACCUUCCUAGCGUCAUACUGCUACUAUUCCUGUACACCGUUUCGCCAAUAAUGAUACUGUUUUCGACAAUGGAGGGGCCUACAUCUCACAGUGAAAGGAAGAAGAGUGCUUGCUCUAAAGUGCUGCACUUCUACAUUUGGAAUGUGUUCUUUGUUAGUUUAGCAUCUGGUGCUGUCAUAAACCAAUUGAACCCUUCUUCGAGUACGAAGGACAUCGCUGUCCGGCUAGCUCGUGUCAUACCUGAGCAGACUACGUUCUUCAUCACCUAUGUUCUGACUUCAGGAUGGGCCAGUUUAUCAUCUGAACUUAUGCAACUCUUUGGUCUGAUCUAUAACUUUAUAAUAAAGUAUGUCCUGAGAAUGAAAGAAGAUAUCGCGUUUGUUCCCACAUUUCCUUAUCACACAGAAAUACCAAAAGUUAUGUUGUUUGGACUAUUGGGCUUCUCGUGCUCUGUACUGGCACCCUUGAUCUUACCUUUUCUGCUAGUCUACUUCUUCCUGGGUUAUGUUGUAUACCGCAAUCAGCUGCUCAAUGUUUACCGCAUGAGAUAUGACAGUGGUGGUUUGUAUUGGCCAAUUGUACACAACACGGUGAUAUUCUCUCUAGUGCUCACCCAGGUCAUCUGCUUCGGUGUAUUUGGCCUAAAAGAAUCACCAGUAGCUGCAGGCUUCACUAUACCUCCUAUCUUCUUUAUUCUUUCGUUCCAUCAGUAUUGUAGAACCCGAUUCCUUCCCCUGUUCAAAACUUUUCCGUCACAGGAUUUAAUCGACUUGGACAGGGAAGACCAAAGGUCAGGGAGAAUGGAACAUAUUCACCACGGACUCCGUUCCGCAUACCGCCAGUUCCCUGACAAUGAAGAUAUAAAGCUGGAGCAAAUCCUGACCGUCGGGAAUGAUGAGGACCAAGACGAAGGCUGUAGCUCGGGCGAGCGCAACGGAGAAGAAACCUGCAAGGAACAAGAGCCAGAAGGGAUCUGUGUCACUCAACUCUGAAAGGACUCCCUGUUAGCCGUCUGCGGGAUUCCGUGAGAUCCAUCGCUUUGCUCUGGACUGCAGAAAAGAGGUCCGGUGAUAGAGCAUUGAUUAACUAACCACUAACUAACCCGUUUAUCUGUCCGUCCGGUCGUGUAAAUGUACGUCAGUAUAGGUCAUACAUACAAGUAUAGUAUACAUCAUGCAUUAGUUAGAAAAUCCAAGUGAAGCAUCAUCAUGGUUAUUGGGGUGCAAUUUUUGUUUAGGGCAGCGUUCGAAGUUUGGACAAACAGGAACUAAGGCCACCCACAAUGCGUGGUAUCAUGGGCUAGUAUCAUAAUAACACAUGAUACUACUUUAGUUACUGCAUCCACAAUACAUAAUAUCAUACAUUAGUAUCACAUUAUCACUCGAUAUGUUCAGUUGUAAAAUCUUGAUACGAAAUUGUGGAUAUGAUCUAUUUCUUA